CACCAAUACGUGUCGCAACAGAAUGUGGGAUGGAUAGCAGAACUGAGCAUGCAGCAGAAGAAGCUAAGCUAGGGCCAUCACCAGUGAUGGGGAAUCUCCUACCCUGAGCUGAGAGUGCUCUGCGUACAACACUCAAGGAAGACUGUCAAGGGGACAUGCUGACCAGUCAAGAGUGCAACAUUUUUGCUUAGAAAAAAAAAGGAUAGACAAAAAACAACUGCAGUAGUUGGGGGAAAAGGAAAGAUUUGCAAAUGCCAGAAUGGGAAAAAGACACAUCUUUGGUAACUGCUUUGGAUGCUGGUGUCUGGUUCUGCUGUCUUUUACACAGAUUUUGCCUCUGAGUUUUUCUGCUGCUUAUGGAUCAAAUUGGAAAAUUUAUGUUGCCAGUACCACAGACACAAGUGUAUGGGAUGAGGAGGGGAAGACAACAUCUCUGGAUGUCAGUUUGCAUCCAUUAGUACCAAUAGCAGAAGACCAUGUAACAGAUCAUAGCUUAAUGAGCAGAUCACCCCCCUUGGUGCCUGUCAGAGAGGCUGCAUCAGUGUCCUAUACAGAUCAAGGGUUCCAGACACAAACUUCCGUGACAAGUACAACACAUGCUGCAAAAGACUGGGAUUCAGAUAAACCCGACGAGAAGGCUUUUCAUCUCAAACCCACUGUACAUUUGACAGGGGUGGCAGAAAAUUGGAAUGCAGAUGCUUCUGUGACAUCUGAAGAUGAAAGUGACAGUUCAUCUGCUGUAAAGGAUACUUUAAGAAGCAAUGACACUCAAAAUGGUGAUGAAAAUGACAAAUCAUCACCUUGCUUAGGGUGUGGAGCUGCAGAUGAUGAAAUCAUUUCCCAGUCUGGGGCAACCAUGUUUGAAAAUUUGAAAGAGAAAGAUGUUAGAGCUUCAAAAACUAUGACCAGCUCAGCUUGGACAGCUAAUGAAGAAGCCCAUUUUGUUAGCUUACAAGCUAAAAAAGCUUCACCUUUUGGGCCUGUUGUUGCCACAUGGAGUCAGGAUGAUACUGGUAGUGGGGAUCAGCAUGCCAGAGUAUCAGUAAGCACUGAUCCUCUUCCUGAUUUGUUUGGAAAAGAACAAAUUUUGACAGCCUUGCAGGAAAGCACCUCUCCUACUCCAUCUCAGACUUCCCCAACUACGAGCAAGUUUAAUAAAGAACCUCCAACAACUGUAUUAAGCCCUGAUUCUGCAGAAAAGGACCACCUUCUAGAGGUACUUGGCAAUGAUCCUACUCAGACGUUCAGAGCUUUUGAUGGGACAGGCAAAGCUCAAACUCUCCAUCCUACAGCUGUAGUAGAUGUAACAUUAGAGUUUGCAGGAGGGGACCAUGGUUUGGACCUCUGGGAGGACAAACUGACUAAGCCACCAGCCCAGGGUGCUCAUGGAAUCACAGAUUUCACAUUGUUGGAUCUUGACUUGCAUCUGAAAGCUGAUCCAGCAACCACAUCAUCUUUUGAACCUCUUACAACUCCUGAACCCACUUCUGACCAGAUUCCAUUGGACAUUCUUACUGGUGAAUAUUAUUAUGAAAACUAUGAUCCAUAUGGCAGGCAUAUCCCUAAUAGAUUCCAUGAUACACCUGAAAGUUGGUCUGAUUCCGAUGCAGCUACUUGGCCACUACCUGAAAUUUAUGAGGAUUUUACAUCUUAUGAUGAGCCAUAUCUGAAUCCAACAACCUCCAUUAAUGAAAGAAAUUAUGGUGAAAGUUUUACUAACCCAGAGUAUGAGAACACUGACAGAUCAAACACUUCCCCAUCAACAAUGGAUAAGGAUCCUAUUAAUAAGCACAGUUCUAUCCUUGAAAAAUACAGACCAGACCUUGUCACCAAUGAUGACUUGGAACUUAAGCUGAGACCGGAAAUAAAUAAGGAUUCAAGUCAAAUGGGAACUGGAUUCAUCAGUGAUAACAGCACUGAAUGCAAACAUGGAUAUAUAAGGCGCAAUAAUACAUGUAGAUCUGUCUGUGAUGCAUUUCCAUUAUACUGCUACAAUGGUGGACAGUGCUACCUGGUGGAAGAUGUUGGAGUAUUUUGUAGGUGCAAUACCCAAGACUACAUCUGGCACAAAGGUGUGCGCUGUGAGUCGAUUGUCACAGAUUUCCAGGUAAUGUGCAUCGCCAUUGGAUCAGCUGCACUUGUUCUGCUCCUGCUCUUCAUGAUGACAGUCUUCUUUGCAAAAAAACUGUACCUGCUAAAAACUGAGAAUACUAAACUACGCAAGAGAAGCAGGUAUCGCACACCGUCAGAGCAGCACAACGAUAACUUCUCACUUUCUACUAUUGCUGAAGGCUCUCAUCCAAAUGUAAGGAAACUAUGUGACACUCCAUCUAACCUGUUCCCCCAUGUUCCUGCUAUGGCUUACUAUGAUAAUCUUAUGUGUCAGGAUGACCCAAAUGCACCAAGUAAAAUUCAAGAGCCAGCAAAGUCACCUCAGAAAGAGGAAGAUGAGGACUCCUUUAAUAUUCAGAACUCUUUGACACCGAAGCUAGAGAAUAACAAAGCUGAGGAGAACUUGGAGGUAAACUCACUACAGAACAACCUGACGUAAAUAUGCAAGACAGCUGAAAAGAAUAAAAGUAGUUAAAAAAUACGCAGUGUACAUCUAUGACAAUAAAAAAGAAUAUGACACUGUGUGUUUCUAACAAUUAAAUAAAGUACUUUACACUGUGUACAUUUUUGAGCUGAGAUUUACAGCAUGUUUCAAUGUAUUUUGUAAAAAUUUAAAGAAAUUACCAGGACAAUUUUAAAAAUGUUAAAUAACCACAAAUAAUGUGAAAUUAAUGAGGUGUUUGUAUGUACAGUAUGUCUGUUUGGUCAGUAUGUGGUUGGUACGCUGCUCUGAAUGCAUACAUGCUAUACUUUUCAUUGCACUCUGGAGUAAUAAUAAGCCUUUUUUUUGUCUUGUACUGGAUUCUUUUUUUGUACUUUGACCCAACUUUUUUUGGAAUACUUAUGGAAAAAUCAAAUUGUUAAAAUAAAAACAUUUUUUUAAAUGUCA